AUGUCUUCUUCCGACGCGUCUAUUACCUCGACCGCUGGUGAGACUGUCACCAACGCCGUGAAGUCUCCCUUGUGGAUGUCUCUCUAUGUACUAUCCACCACAACGCCUGCAGUGAAUGAAAAUACCGUCUCCGGUGUGCCCCCAACCAACAACCCACGUCCCCUGAGAGGGAUGAGUGACAAUGCAGAAUACUGGGUGAACGACGGCGGCGACGCAUUCACAUUCAAGUUCCCAGCUACGAUCGACUUUCAGGGUCAGUUCGACCGCACAGGGCCCUACUUUAAUCUUCCGCGAACAGGGUUGGACCUUCCCGCCUUGAAGAAGAUGCGGGCGCAGUUCGAGAUCCGCCCCUUAGACAUUCACACGCAUGACACCUUGCCUGAGGAAGCCAUCAAAUGCAGCUCCUCAGUGAUGGACAUGUUGAAUGUCCUGCACGGCGAAGCUCAGGAUGCCAGGAACGCACUGCUGGCCCCAACUUUGUACCCCAGGGACAACCCAUUCUGGCACAGUUAUGGUGCUGGAGAAAAUGAAUGUUUCUCCGUUGUGCUCACGACCGACACGCUGAUCGGCAAUAUAACACAUGCUGGGCGCGCAUCCGUACCCCGCUUGAGGUGGUGCGACAUAGGAAAGGGCGACUCUAUGCAAAGCCCGUCUAAAGCGAGAGCAGCUGCGAUGGCGGGAGCUCCACCCGGAGGUGCGAAAUCAAGCACGACUACGCUGCAAGAACACCCUCCUCUCUCGGACUUGCCGGAUCCUCUCGGACGCUACGCGUCUUUGAUCACCCAAUAUAACCUUCGGGAGGCUACCGUAGUCGCACCGAAUAUCCGGGACGGUGACGGCCAUCUAAUUCGCCCUCACGAGUACAAUACCAAACUAGCCACAGGCGACAUGGUGUUCGUGGAAUGCCAACUGAAGCUUUGGACCAUCGCGCCAAACAGAAGAGAGAACGCCCUGCCAGAAGACAGGAACGGAUCCCGGAGGUACCAAGUCAUGCUCAAAAGCAUGAAGGUGUUACCUGACGCAUCCAUUACAGCCGCGGAGUUCGCCAACUACUGGACCGAUGCUAAAGGGAAGCGCAAGGCGACCGACUGCGCCGAGGGUUCAUCCGCCACAAAGAAGCCCUUGAACGAUGAAGCGUCAGACGGAGACGAAGAGGAUGAGGAUGAGGAAGAGUUCCCCUUAAAGGACGGCCACGCCAUGCAAGUGACAGAGUACUGA